AUUCCCUUUUCCCUCUGGACAUCACCUCUGUGAAGAAGGACCAUGGUUUUCUGGACCAGGAUUCCCUGCGUUCCCUCUGCAGGAGACUGAUGACCCUGAACGCCUGCGCCUCGAUGAAACUGGAGGUUCGCAGUCAGCGCAAACUGAAUGAAGACCCAGAGGAAGAAGACUUGUGUGCCAUCAGCAACAACUGGACCUUUCAACGGGAUAGUCGACGCUGGUCCCGCCUCGGCUCCCCAGAACUGGGGGUUUCCCCUGGAGCAGGCCUGUGGGCAGCUUCCAGCCACGAGAGCAUUCUCACCAACAUCAGUGCCACAUCUCAGGCCAGCCAGGCUGGGAACAUGGCUCGAGACACACUGGCUAUUGUGGUGGCUCCCCCUCCAGAGCCUUCAGAGCAGUCUGUGGCCCAGCUCGAGUCCCCCACAUGGGCCCCCAGCCCUGGUUCCCUCCUUGGCCUGCCCCAAGAUGUGGAUGGCCCCCCAGAUAAACCCAGGAAACGCCGUACCCGAAGCUUUCUCCGGCACCUUGACUCUCUGCGGAGGAGGGAGAAGCCGGGAAGUCCUGAGGCUGGGCCAAGUACCCCCACCAAGGCUGCUGCCCCUGAGAAACUAGGGAAGGCUUUCUCCUUCCACAGUCGCCGUAGCUUCCUCUCAGCCGGCUUCUACUCUAAGAACCAGGCUCCAGACACAGAGGCCGAGGGGGCUGGGGCUCAGUGCUCAGGGCCCACGCGAGAGUCAAGAUGGCAGCAGCAGCAGGGACACUGGCAGGCCUGCUUAGUGCAUGUGCCAGGAGACCACAAGCCGGGCACCUUCCCCCGAUCUCUGUCCAUUGAGAGCCUGUGCCCCAAGGAGGGGCAUCGUCUGGUUGACUGGCAGAAGGCGGGGAGCUGGGGCCCAGAGAAGCGGCGGGGCUCAUGCAGCUCCAUGGACAGCCGUCUCAGUGUCUAUGACAACAUGCCCGAGCUAAUGGGCAAUGAGGAGAGGCCAAGGGACUUGGAUCCCGAAGCCAACUGUGCCCAGCUUGACGACAUCCUGCAGGACAUGUGGGGCCUACAGAAGCAUGUGGAGCUCUGGUCCCAGGCCGUGUGCCCGGAUGGGGGGCAGCCCAGACAGGAAGAAGAUGAAGAAGAGGAGGACACUGAUUCUGCUGGAGAGCAGGCCUUCCCCUUUGGCAUGCAACUGGAAGAAGAGCACUCCAUGUCCGACAUGGGCACUUCUGCCAGCGACUUUGACAGCACCGGAAACUCCCUGAAUGAAACCGAGGAAACCGAAAUCCGAGAACGCCGGGACUCUGGCGUGGGAGCUUCACUUACCAGGCCCUGCAGGAAACUCCGUUGGCACAGCUUCCAGAAUUCCCACCGGCCUAGUCUCAACUCGGCUUCCCUCGAGCUUAACCGCCAGUCCGUGGCCCAGCUCAACCUUCUGCAUAAAGGCUCCCUUCUACGGCUCACGGCCUUAAUGGAGAAGUACUCUGUGCCCCACAAGCAGACCUGGGCCUGGGCGGUCCCCAAGUUCAUGAAAAGGAGCAAAACUCCCAGCUACCAAGGCAAGAGCGUCUUUGGAGUGCCCCUCCUGAUCCACAUGCAGAGAACAGGCCAGCCAUUGCCCCAGAGCAUUCAGCAGGCCAUGCGUUAUCUCCGGAGCCAGUGCCUGGAUCAGGUGGGCAUUUUCCGCAAGUCCGGAGUGAAGUCCCGGAUCCAGACCCUGCGACAGAUGAAUGAGGCGUCACCAGAGCAUGUCGUCUAUGAAGGCCAGUCGGCCUAUGAUGUGGCGGACCUGCUGAAGCAGUACUUUAGGGACCUCCCAGAGCCCAUCUUUACCAGCAAGCUGACCACCACCUUCCUACGUCUCUACCAGUCAGUUGUCCCAAAGGACCAGCAGCUAUUGGCUGCUCAGGCAGCUGUUGUUCUUCUGCCUGAUGAGAACCGGGAGGUACUCCAGACAUUACUUUACUUCCUGAGCGACAUUGCGGCUGCCCAAGAGAACCAGAUGACCGCUGGCAACCUAGCCGUCUGCCUGGCGCCCUCCAUCUUCCACCUCAACGUCUCCAAGGACAGCACUUCGCCCAGAGUCAUUCCCAGACGUGGCCAGUUGGGGAAACCGGCCCCAAGAGACCUGAGCGAGAACAUGGCUGCCACCCAGGGCUUGUCCCACAUGAUCACUGACUGCAAGAAACUCUUCCAGGUGCCCCAGGACAUGAUGCUGCAGCUGUGUAACUCCUAUGUGGUAUCCAAGCCCAGUUCCCCUCCCCUGGCUCUAGCUGAGCUUCGGGGCAAGCCUGGGGACUACCUGGAAGAGAGCGCUCAGAGCUUGCUACAGGAGGCUGCCGAGAGAUUCAAGGGCUGGCUGAAUGUGCCUGGACCACAGCACACAGAGCUAGCCAGCAAGAAGGUCCGGGAUGGGCACCCCCUGCGCCUGUGGAAAGUGACAACAGAGGUGGCAGCCCCACCCAUGGCCGUUCUGCACCGGGUGUUACGGGAAAGGGCCAUGUGGGAUGAAGACCUGCUGCGGGCUCAUGUGCUGGAGUCCCUGGGCCCUGGGGUAGAUGUCUACCACUAUGUCACAGAUAGCAUGGCCCCUCAGCCCUCUCGAGAUUUCGUGGUGCUCCGGAUGUGGCGCUCGGACCUACCCCGGGGGGGAUGCCUGCUUGUUUCUCAGUCUCUGGAGCCUGAGGAGCCAAUUCCAGAGUCUGGAGUUCGAGCUGUGCUGCUCACUUCUCAGUACCUCAUAGAACCCUAUGGCCCGGGGCACUCCCGGCUGAUCCAUAUUUGCAGGGCUGACCUCCGGGGCCAUUCUCCCGACUGGUAUAACAAAGUGUUUGGGCACCUGUGUGCCAUGGAAGUGGCAAGGAUUCGAGACUCCUUUGCCACCAUGCGGCCCAUCCCUGAGACAAAGCUGUGAACAGGUGGGGCCAGGCAGGGCUCAGGGCUGCUCUCCUCUGGGGUUUCCCAGCAUAGCUAGCUGAAGAGAGCAGACAGAUGUGAGUCCUAGACUGUGCCUCCCAAGGGCCUUGCCACUCAGCGCAGUCUGUGUGCAACUCGGCCUCCUCCUUUCCUCCCCCCUGAACCCCACUGCCCCUGUCCCCUGACACCCCUGACUGCCUCAUCCUGAGGUACUGAGAAUGGAUGGGUUGGAGGAACUAUGGCGACCACAGAGUGUUGGGAGCCAACUUUCUCCCUACUUACCAGCCAGAGAAACCUAGGCACCUGGCGGGGAGCACCCUCUACCCCCUCAUCCAAAAAGAGCAAGUGCAGACUGCAGAGAGGGGGAGGGGGAGAGGGUGGGCUCCUUUAUCUAAAGCAAUACAGUAUCAGCUUCCGAGAAGCCAGCAAACGAGCGUACUCAAGAGGCUCGAGAGUCUCAGGAUCUCUCCCUGGCAGGCAACUUAACAAUCCCAGAUUGCUCGGGAAGGUUUGGGGAGAGGCUCUCUGCAGCCUUCUCCCUCCCCCUAGCACUAGAGAGAAUAGUGCCCACACUCUGUUCCCGGGGGGUUUCUUCUACCUCCACUCCUGGGACCUGGCUGGGCAAAGGGGGAGUGAGCAGGAUGUCUCCUCCUAGAACAGAGCCAUCAUAUUUGGCCAGUGCUUGCCUGGCCUCUGGAACCUGCCAUCUUAUGAGACCGCCUAUCUGCUUCCUUGCCACAGUCCUGCUCGUCUGCAAGGUUUUCCUUGACAGGAAGCUAAUAUCAAGAGGCAGAAGAGCAGGACUGUGGCAAGGCAGACAAUAAGGACUUAGGCCUUAGAGCCAGGAAGGCCCAAGUUCAAGUUCCUGCCUCUGACCUGGCCGUGUGACCCUGGGCAAGUCACUCGAUCUCUCAAGGCAGCUCAGAAUAGAUGUGAAUCAGCCCUGGUGGAAGAACUCUUCUCCAGGCCCUUCCCAGGGACAUCACAGAUCCAGGGCCUGUCCUUCUUCGGCCCCAAAGAUCCGAUCAUGAGGCUCCUAGAGUGUCUCCUAAAGUGCCAAUGUAGCUUAAAGUGAGCCAUGGUGUCCGGGCUGAACUGCCCAGCCCCAGAUCGCAACCUGGCCUGGCAGCAGCUCAUUCCACUUGCUGCUCCAGUGUCAUGGAAGAAGCCCAUAGCUAGAAAAUAAGAGCCAACUUUCUAUGCCUUAAGCCAAAGUAGAAGAGGAGAAAACACAACUCCCCUGUUCCUCCCCCUGGCCCAGGCCCCCAUUCCAGCUGAUUGUAGCGUGCUAGCAUUCCCAGAACCCCAAGUGCUAGUGUGAACCCCCAAGUAGCCAGACAAACCAGCUUAGCCAGCCAGCACUGACUGGGCGAAUGAGCUGGGACUUACUUCAUCCUGUUUCACCAAAUAAAUCUCCAAGCUUGUUAGUGCUAGAAAGGGCCUUGGGGAUCGCCUGGCCUGGUCCUCUUUCCCAGAUGGGGGGGGGGAGUGGGCUUCCCCAAGGCCAGAAAUAGCUAGUUAGGGGCAGAGCUGGGGCUCGAACUCAGGUCUCCCAAGUCUCAGGCCAUUGCUCUUUCUUGCCUCGCUUUUGAUCUAGCCCUAACCACUCUUGUCUAUCUUUGGCAUUUCAAAUCCCACACCUUGGGUUUUGCUGCCUUUUUUGUAGAAGUAAUUGGGAUGGGGGGGGAGCGGGGAGGCGGGAGGGGACAUAGCUGUUAAUCCAAUUCCAAUUUUUAAGCCUGUCUCUUUUGUACCUAUAAAUACUGUACAGUCGGGAUAUAUAUUAAUAUAUACAUAUGUAUAUGCAUAUCUAUAUACAUAUAUACAUGGACAUAUUGUGAAUAUAUAUCACGAUAUGGAUUUGUGGUCUUGGGUGGGAGCAGUGGCAUGAAGUGCUUCAGACGGUAUGCGAGAGACUGGACAGGCAGGUAUGGGGAGCGCAAAGACCCUUUAUCCAGCAAAUAAAGUAUUACUGAGCAUUA